AUGGACGUAGACGUGGACGUGGACCUGGACGUGGACGUGGACAUGGACAUGGACGUGGACGUGGAUGUGGAGGACUUGGACGUGGAGGAUUUGGAUGACUUGGACGUGGACAUGGACGUGGACAUGGACGUGGACUUGGACGUGGACAUGGACUUGGACAUGGACGUGGACAUGGACGUGGACAUGGACUUGGACAUGGACGUGGACAUGGACGUGGACGUGGACGUGGACGUGGACGUGGACAUGGACGUGGACAUGGACGUGGACGUGGACAUGGACGUGGACAUGGACGUGGACGUCGACGUCGACGUGGACGUGGACGUGGACGUGGACGUGGACAUGGACGUGGACGUGGACGUGGACGUGGACGUAGAAGUGGACGUGGACGUGGACGUGGACGUGGACGUGGACGAGGACGUGGAGGACUUGGACGUGGACUUGGACGUGGACGUGGACGUGGACAUGGACAUGGACGUGGACGUGGACGUGGACGUGGACAUGGACAUGGACGUGGACGUGGACAUGGACGUGGACGUGGACGUGGACGUGGACAUGGACGUGGACAUGAACUUGGACAUGGACGUGGACGUGGACGUGGACGUGGACGUGGACAUGGACGUGGACAUGGACAUGGACGUGGACGUGGACGUGGACGUGGACGUCGACGUGGACAUGGUCGAGGACGUGGACGUGGACGUGGACGUGGACGUGGACAUGGACGUGGAGGACUUGGACGUGGACUUGGACGUGGACGUGGACGUGGACGUGGACAUGGACAUGGACAUGGACGUGGACGUGGACGUGGACGUGGACAUGGACAUGGACGUGGACGUGGACAUGGACGUGGACGUGGACAUGGACGUGGACGUGGACGUGGACAUUGUCGUGGACGUGGACGUGGACGUGGACAUUGUCGUGGUCGUGGACGAGGACGUGGACGUGAACGUAGUCGUGGACGUGGACGUGGACGUGGACGUGGACGUGGGCGUGGACGUGGACGUUGACGUGGACAUGGACAUGGACAUGGUCGUGGACGUGGACGUGGACGUGGACGUGGACGUGGACGUUGACGUGGACAUGGACGUGGACGUGGACGUGGACGUGAACGUGGUCGUGGACAUGGACGUGGACGUGGACGUGGACAUGGACGUAGACGUGGACGUUGACGUGGACGUGGACUUGGACGUGGAGGUGGACGUGGACGUGGACGUGGUCGUGGACAUGGAUGUGGACGUGGACGUGGACGUGGACAUGGACGUGGAUAUGGACGUGGACGUGGACCUGGACGUGGUCGUGGACGUGGUCGUGGACGUGGACGUGGUCGUGGACGUGGACGUGGACGUGGUCGUGGACGUGGACGUGGACAUGGACGUGGACGUGGACGUGCUCGUGGAUGUGGUCAUGGACGUGGAGGACUUGGACGUGGAGGACUUGGACGUGGGUGUGGACGUGGACGUGGACGUGGACGUGGUCAUGGACGUGGUCGUGGACGUGGAGGACUUGGACGUGGAGGACUUGGACAUGGACGUGGACGUGGACGUGGACGUGGUCGUGGACGUGGUCGUGGACGUGGACGUGGUCGUGGACGUGGUCGUGGACGUGGACGUGGUCGUGGACGUGGUCGUGGACGUGGACGUGGACGUGGACGUGGACGUGGACGUGGGCGUGGACGUGGACGUUGACGUGGACAUGGACAUGGACAUGGUCGUGGACGUGGACGUGGACGUGGACGUGGACGUGGACGUUGACGUGGACAUGGACGUGGACGUGGACGUGGACGUGAACGUGGUCGUGGACAUGGACGUGGACGUGGACGUGGACAUGGACGUAGACGUGGACGUUGACGUGGACGUGGACUUGGACGUGGAGGUGGACGUGGACGUGGACGUGGUCGUGGACAUGGAUGUGGACGUGGACGUGGACGUGGACAUGGACGUGGAUAUGGACGUGGACGUGGACCUGGACGUGGUCGUGGACGUGGUCGUGGACGUGGACGUGGUCGUGGACGUGGACGUGGACGUGGUCGUGGACGUGGACGUGGACAUGGACGUGGACGUGGACGUGCUCGUGGAUGUGGUCAUGGACGUGGAGGACUUGGACGUGGAGGACUUGGACGUGGGCGUGGACGUGGACGUGGACGUGGACGUGGUCAUGGACGUGGUCGUGGACGUGGAGGACUUGGACGUGGAGGACUUGGACAUGGACGUGGACGUGGACGUGGACGUGGUCGUGGACGUGGUCGUGGACGUGGACGUGGUCGUGGACGUGGUCGUGGACGUGGACGUGGUCGUGGACGUGGUCGUGGACGUGGACGUGGACGUGGUCGUGGACGUGGAGGACUUGGAUGUGGAGGACUUGGACGUGGACUGA